AUGGCAGUGUACAUAACUCCUGAUGCUAAAGCUAACUCGGCCCUUCUACAGACUGGAGUAUUUUUAAAUUUCAGGACCUGGAGUACUUCCGUACUCUCCUACAUCAACCACUCCACAGACACCGUCACCACUGACAAACGCAUCCGGGUGUAUGCCAACCAAAAACCCUGGAUGACAAGAGAGAUCAGGACCCUGCUGAGUAACAGAAACAUCGCCUUCAGGUCUGGUGACAUGGAACUGUACAGUGCUGCCAGGGCAAACCUGAAAAGGGGCAUCAGACAGGCCAAGCUGGAUUAUGAAAAUAAAAUUGAGGACCACCUCCACAGCAACAACUCGGGGCAGGUGUGGCUGGGGGUUCUGUUCUUCGAGUUUGUGGUGGCUAUGGGAGCAGCGAUCCUCACCAUCGUGGCAAUGCCACACUUGGACAUUGUGACAAACGUGACAAUACUGAACGGUAUAGCUGUUGUCUCUGCGCUCCUACAGGUGAUCUGUCAAUGCACCGCCAAAGAAAGGAACCGCUUCCUGGUGCCAUCCAUCACCGCCUUCCUCCUCCUUUUGCUCGGUUAUGUCCUGUUCCUCUUCUUAUACAUCACAAAGGACCCCACUGAUGUCAAGAUGGCCAUUUGGGUGGGUCUGGCAGUUGGCGGGUGCUUCUUGGUUUCUUUUAACUGGUGGGAGAGCUACUUCAGACUGAUCAGCGAGAACAGCAGAAACGUCAUUCUCAAGAACCUGUGUAAAGACAUAACAAAGUGCCAGAACUUGCUGAACAUUCUCUCCAGCCUGCUCAGGAUCGCAGUGACUGCCGGUGUGCUCGGAGCUUACGUCCAUCUGGACAAAAUGGACUGGGCCAUUGUGACCUCCAUUCCAAGCCGUGAGACCAGAAUUAUAGCCAUUAUCAUUGGGGUCCAGCUGAUCUCCUCUGCACUCUGCCACUGGUUCUCUUUGGCAGCCUGCAAGAUGCACGCCCUGCGACGAUCCUUCGUUCUACCUUUGUACCUGGCUUCUCUGGCCGUCAUGGUUCUGUUCAUCGUCCCCGUUAUUGUUUACUAUCAAGACUACAAAUUAAGUCUGAAUGGGACUUCAGUCAACUUCACAGGCUACUGCAAUGAAGUUGUAGAUGGAAGAAACCUAAGCUUGAACGGCAGUGUGUUCCCUGAGCUGGUUCUGGAUGCUACACACACCCUGUGCUUCCUGGACAUGUCUAGGAUAACUGACAUUGGCUUACUGACAGGUUCAGCAGUGUCCUGGUGGCUUGGUCUUGUGUUGGCAACCCUCCAUCUGUGGUACCUCAACGUGUAUCGUAUCCAGAGGACCCAAGACCUUUUCAUGAGGAGGCUGUAUGAGGGAGCCUUCAUCGAGCAGUCCCUGCUCCUCAACACCCGAUUCGACAUCCAGACCAAAUCCAGGACAAAGACACUGGACAAGUACAGACCAAAGAUAGGGGCGAAAUCCAAUGAUUUCACUUUCGAAGCCCAUGUCUACUUUGAUGACGCAUUCCUGGAUGUUGAAGGGAGUCGGGGGCGUCACCUAAACCAAUACGCAGAGACCCUUGUGGGAGUCCUCGCAGAAGUUUAUGGCAUCUUCACAAACAUUGAUGAGAAGUUCUUCAGAAAGACGCAGCAGAUCCCUGAUCAGAAGGUUGUAAGGACACCGUAUGGAGGUCGCCUGGUGCUCACCAUGCCUCAUGGUAACACCAUCACGGUUCACUUUAAGGACAAAGAACUCAUCCGUCACAAGAAAAGAUGGUCUCAGAUCAUGUACCUCUACUAUCUUCUUGGCUAUAAACUUAUGACCAAAUAUUACGAGCGCUGGCAGAAGGGAGAGAAUGAGGCUGAGCUGAAAGCAGAGAUCCAGCACAACACCUACCUCCUGGCUUUAGACGGGGACACAGACUUCCAACCGGCUGCGGUGGUGCUGCUCAUCGAUCGCCUGAAAAUGUACCCACGUGUCGGGGCAGCGUGUGGCAGGAUUCACCCCACAGGAUCAGGUCCCGCAGUUUGGUUCCAGAAGUUUGAGUAUGCUGUCAGUCAUUGGCUGCAAAAGACAGCAGAGCACGUCAUUGGCUGUGUGCUGUGCAGUCCCGGGUGCUUCAGUCUGUUCAGAGCGGAGGCACUGAUGGACGACAACGUGAUGAAGAGAUACUCCACUACGUCCAUUGAGGCGAGCCACUACAUCCAGUAUGAUCAAGGUGAGGACCGCUGGCUGUGUACUUUGCUGCUGAAGCAAGGAUGGAGGGUGGAGUACAACGCAGCAUCUGAUGCUUACACCAACGCACCUGAGGACUUCAAAGAACUCUACAACCAGCGUCGGCGAUGGGGACCAUCCACAAUGGCCAACGUGGUUGAUCUGCUGGGUGCCACCAAGAUAAUUUCCAAGAGAAACCCGUCAAUGUCCAAACCCUUCAUGUUGUACCAGCUCUUUGCCAUCACGUCAGCCGUCCUGGCCCCAGCCACAAUCUGCCUUUUGAUCGCAGGUAGUUUGACCUUCGUUCUUGACGUCCAUGCUGCCGGUGCCCUGGUCAUGGCUGUGAUACCUCCUCUCAUCUACUUGGGUCUUUGCUUCAAACUCAAGUCAGACACUCAGAUCACUAUUGCAGCAGUCAUGAGUGUCAUAUAUUCAUUCCUCAUGUUGGUGGUGACAAUGUCCAUUAUUGGUGCAAUGGUGAAGGACAAAACCAUCCUGACACCCAGCAGCAUUUUUGUCAUCGCCAUGGCCAUCAUUUACAUCAUCACUGCUCUAAUGCAUCCUCAGGAACUUCAUCUGGUAUUCUACGGCUUACUCUACAUCCUCUGCGUCCCCAGUGCCUACCUCUUGCUUACCAUUUACUCCAUGGUCAACAUGAACAACGUGUCUUGGGGUACACGGGAAGCGAAACCUGCCCCUGGAGCUGCUGCACCAGUGCCGGCUGCCACGCAAACAAAAACAGGGAAAGCCAAAAACUUCUUCCAGCAGCUCAUCUCAUGUACGAAAUGCUGCAAAAAAUCCAACCAGACAUCUGGAGGCGGGCAGCCGGUUGUCAGCCAGGAGAACCUGAUUCCAGAGCCCGGACAGCCUGAACCUCAGCCCCAAAACACUUUUGUAGGGAUCCCAGAGGAAGAACAGAGGCAAGCUGAGCCUGAACCUUUUAACUCUCCUAUCCAAUGUUGGGUCACACAACUACAGAGUGUGUCCACUGACAUGCAGCUGGUGGAGGACUCACUCAUCCAGGAGGAGGAGCAGUUCUUUAGGGAGCUACAGAAGAAGUACCUGGAACCUCUGCCCAACGACAAAGAGAAACAAAAAAAGAUAGCUAGUGACCUGAAAGAGCUGAGAAACAAGAUAAAUUUUGCAUUCUUCAUCAUCAAUUCGCUGUGGCUGGUGGCAACAUUUACCCUCCAGGUCUUCGAGGAGGACUUUGCCAUCAAGAUCCCUAAGGUCAACCUCAACCUCGAGCCCACAGGAGAAGACAUACAAAUCGAUCCCAUUGCCUUGAUGUUCAUUCUAGGAUUUGCGACAUCGGUUAUAAUCCAGUUCCUUGCAAUGUUCUACCACAGAAUGUACACUCUGAUCCAUUAUGUGGCUUUUCUGGACACAGAACGUAAAGACCCAAAACCUGAAAAGCAGGAAGAGUACAUUUCAGGCAAAAAGGUCAACUCUGUCUCCAGCGCCGACUCCAACCCUGAUGAGGAAUCUGAGUUUGAGGAAAGUGAUGAUGAAAUUUACUCCAGAGAUCCUAAUGGAGGGACCAUGGUGUAA